GACUAUAUUAUUUGGGAGAAGAAAAGUUAUAUUCUUGGAUGCAUCCUUUUGUUUUCAACUUUCUUGCUUCUUCUUAAUUUUCUUACCCCUUUAAUUCUUCUUCUGUAAAUAUAUGUACAUUUAAAGAUGAAUUCAGCAGCAGCACAAGAUAAUAAAGACUUGGAAAAUACCAAUAAGAAGAUAAAGAGAAAUCGAGACAGCAGCAAGCACCCGGUUUUUCGAGGAGUUCGAAUGAGGAGUUGGGGAAAAUGGGUGUCCGAAAUCCGUGAGCCACGUAAGAAAUCCCGUAUUUGGCUCGGGACCUUCCCGAAUCCAGAAAUGGCAGCUCGAGCUCAUGACGUGGCAGCUUUAAGCAUAAAAGGUAAUUCAGCUAUUCUCAACUUCCCUGAACUAGCUGGUUCACUUCCUAGACCAGUCACACUCAGCCCGCGUGACAUUCAAGCAGCAGCAGCUAAAGCAGCAGCAAUGGACAAGUUCGAUAUAAAUAAUAACAAUAAUAUCACUGCGACUUCUUCUUCUUCUGAUUCACCAAAUAAUCCCACAAUUACUACUUCAACUUCGUCAUCCUCAAAUAUGUCAACUUCUUCAUCUUUAUCAUCAUUGGUAUCGGCGAUUGACUUAGCGACUUCAGAGGAAUUGACACAAAUAAUUGAGCUGCCAAGACUAGGGACGACUUUUUUUGACAAUGAAUUCAACAAUGAUUUUGUUUUUGCUGACUGUUAUUCAGCUGUGGAAACAGGAUGGUUAUAUCCUGAAGAUGGAGGAAUGAUUUCAAGCUGUUUUGAACCUUCUUUGUUGUGGAAUUACUGAUAAUUAAGUGACGUGUGAUGGAACCUUUCAAAUUUGUGUGGACUGGGGAUUUUUUUUUUUUUUUUUACUUUUUUUUUUUAGUGUUUGUAUAAAAGAAAGUUUUAGCCUUUUCUUCAAUUUUUCUGUAGAGGGGCUAAAAAGACUUUUCAUUCCCCAUUUCUCCUUUGUGUAGCUUUCUUCUUCAAUAAAUCUAACUGUACAGUGUUAGGAAGGGAAGAAUUAAAAGGGUCAUAAAUGCAUGCCUUGUCAA